UUUAGAGCUUCCUUGUUAUUGAGCAGUAAAGAGAGGGUCCAUGUCAUGGUUACUAUUGUAGUGUCUGAGCCAGCUACAAUCAUUGCCUACAGCAAAUAUGUAUGCGAUGUUAUACUCGCGUGCGCAUGCACACAUACAAGCACUGGUUAUAUUCGCCAGCCACAUCGUUUAUGUUUUACUAAGAAAACAAAACAUAUGAGCAUUAUGUUUUACCAGGCAUGCUGCUUUGUUGAUGGUAUCAGAGUCGUAACCGCUGAUCUCGGCAUCAUCUUCAUGAAUAGUUAAUAGAACAUCAAUGAAGUCUUGCUCACUCUUUUCCCCACCAGCGCUCGAGUUCCUUCGAGCCUUGUGCUCGUCGAACCACUGUUGCACCACCCGGUCGAGCUUCUCAGUUGCCCUCUUCAUGGCCUUCUCAUGGCCGCCCAAGUCGAGCCACCUCAAGAAUGGGAACCCAUCAGCCACCACAAAUCUCCCUUUGAGCUUCAUGUCCCUGAUCAAGGUGAGGACCUUGGACUCGCGGACUUGCCGAAGGAGCGUGAUCUGUUGGUCGGAGAGCAACUUGUGGGUCAGAAUCUUUUGCGUGUGGCGCCAGUACGGGCUGUAUGGGCUGAAGGCGACCACUGCAUAGUUGUAGGUCAUGACGUCUGAGCUUACAGACUUGGGCCGAUUGGCGAAUGCCCUGUCGUUGGUGGUGAGGCAGUCCUUGGCAAGUUCCCAAGUGUUCACCACCACAACUCUGCGGAGGCCCAAACUGAUGGUGAAGAUCGGGCCGUACUUGUCAGCCAUCUGGGCCAGGACCAAGUGGGGAGGGAGGGGACCACCCAAGAGGUGUAGGUGACCGAGUAAUGGCCAUGAACCGCCCGCAUCAGGGACCGUUUUCGUGCCCCCGGCUAAUUGCUUCUUGCUGUCAUCUCCUUUCCUAAUAAUAAGACUUCUUGUAAUGUAAAGGAUUGACAAGAUUAACGCAAAGAAAGUGAUGAAAAGGAUCGGUGCAGACAUAGAGAGAUGAGCUGAAUCCUCCAUGAAUGACAAGACUGUUCUUUUUGAUGAUUA